AUGUCAAUUCCUGCUGUAAAGAUGGUUUUGGUUUACGUCACCGCGCCAAGUAAAGAAGUUGCAAUGAAGCUAGCAAGGUUAUCUCCUGAAACAAAAAGAAAACUACAGUUGCUGAAUCACUUAUACAUGUGGAAAGGGAAAGUAGAAGAAGAUCAGGAACAUGUGGUGGUUAUGAAAACUGUGUCAAGUAACGUUGAAGAGCUAUCCAAGCGAGUUCGCUCUCUGCAUCCAGCCGAAACGCUAUGCUUCAUCACUUUGCCCAUCGAGAAAGCAACAUCGGAUUUCGCCGAUUGGAUCAUUGAUUCAACGAAAAAACCACAGAUAUCUCAAUAA